UGGGGUUUUACGUAAAAUCGCUGCCAUCGGAUGUGACCAGAUUAAAAACAAUGAGGCAUGAUAGUCAAUACUGAAAAUAUAUGUACUAUACUUACAGGUAAAGAGAUGGUAAUACUAAAAUACUGCUUUGAGCGUUGCCAGGUGGACUCACUGUUAACCCACUGUUAAAUUUAUAAGCAAACUUAAAAAUAUUAAAACAUUAUUAGCAUUUAGUUAGUAGUUGUUGGAACAAAAUUUAGCAACAAUAAGUGGAUUUUAUUUUAAAAAUAUAUUACUCCAUCAAUUUCAAUUUUAAACUAAAUUCGACACAACUUUACGACCGAUAACGUUAUUAAAUUGUGUGGCAACUCUAAGCUUUUUCGAUAAUAAGGUCCUGUUAUUCAAUUGGCAAAUCCAGCUAUCGCGCCAACUGUUAUUUGUUUUAUAAUUUUGCAUUGAAUAAUAGUUUUAAACCAUAUUCGUGUUCUUUAUGUAGUGUAAAACAGUAUGGAUAGGACAACAGCCACCCCGAGUCCGGCCUCCACAUACUGCUCCUUUUUGUGUGGCUCCCAUCACUCCCCAUUGCGGCGAUCACAGCGCCUCAUCGACAAGGAAAACCGGGAUGUGCAGAAGAUUCCGCCCAAAAGCCUUUCUCCUCAGUUAUUUGGAAACACGGAAGAUGAUUACAGCGAACUAUUGUUGCAGCAAGGGAAAGUGGUUCACCUGAAGCCUGCAGCUAAGUUGGUGCACCUGAGAUCCUCGGAUAAUCUAGUCCAUCUUAGAUCCCCAGAUAAAGUUGUCCCCUUGAAAACUUCCAAAAGAAUCGUUCACCUGAAGCCUUCAGAUAAGAUUAUCCACCUGAAAAGUUUAGAUGAAGUAGAAAAGACCGAAAAGAAGAAAUAUAAUAUUCAGAAAGGAGUUCAUCCAAGGAACUCACAAAGGAAGAGCAUUCAAUGCACUCCCAAAAAACGUGGUCGAAAACCAAAGCAACCGGCUAAGAAACUGCAAUCAAGAAUUCCCACUGAUCAGCUAGGGAACACACCAUCGCCAUCCAAGCUGCCUGCCAAAUAUCCCGCUCAUUUUGUUCAUCAACUUCCGCCCGCUGAGGAAUUCAGCUGUGCCGCUCGAAGACGAUCCUUGUCUGCUCCAGCGAUGCAACUUAGCGAUCUGUGCCUCACACCCGAUGAGAUCCAAACUCCCGAGCGGCGUGGUGAAAUCGGAAACAAAUCGCCAUCGGAUCUUGACUCCGAUGUCUCCAUGAACAUCUCGCUGUCCGAUUCCAUUGGCGAGAUCUUCGGCACCAAGGAUAUCAGCAGCAUUCUGACCAUGCAGCGGCCGCGUCAGUACAUAUUGCUGGAGGAGCAUCUGCCCACACUGGCCACCAUGUUGAACGUGGACUUGGAGCGACUGCGCUGCGUGCUGGAUAUCACUCAGGGAUUGACCCACGAGCAGAUCCUGCGUUUUCCGAUAAAACAAGAAGAGGCUGAAUUGGAAGUAUCUUCGAUAUUAUAGAGCUGUAGUAUAAGUGAA